AUGUCAUAUUUCAGUAUUCUUAAAAAGCACAAAGUGACAGUUCCACCCUUCUGGACUGAUCAAUCUUACUUCCUUAGAGACGGCUUCAUAAUGGGCUUUACUCUUGAAUUCAUUUUCUUAUACUUCAAUGCAUAUGAUUCUUUCACAAGAAAAGCAACAAUAAAAUGCCUUGAGAGAGUUAGAUAUAGUGAUUAUAAACUCAAAGAGAAAAUCAAGUUAGACGAAAUUAAAGAGGAAAAGAAGCGGAAACUUUAGUAAUUAGAGGAACUGAAUGAACGGCAUCAAAUGUAAUAGUUAGCAAGGGAAAGUAAACCCUCUUUCUGA